UUUAUAAUAAAAAUAAUGCACGACGAAGCUUACUAUGAGCGUCGUGUGCCCAUAAGAGACUUGGGUCCAUGGAAAAAUUUUUUGCGGUUUCUCUGGGACAGAGAGAGACACGCGGUUUUCGACCGUACAUUAAAACAAUGGGGUCAACUAGGAUUAUUUUAUUUAUGUUUUUACGGUUUGUUAUUCACACUAUUUGGCCUGCAUAUGCGGAUCGGGUUUAAAAAUAUCCCAAAAGAUCGACCGUACAUGGAGCAUCCGUCACCUGGUAAAUUCAUCACCGGAUCAAGAAUUUUGUUUCAUCAGCCUCUCAACCGCGACUCACACUCUGGACAUCCCGGUCUUGGGUUUGUACCAAAUAUUCACGCGUAUUCAUCACUCGCACCAGUUAUUUGGAUCAACAAAAAUAAUCCUCAAUCACACCCUCAACGAUACAUUGAUACAAUUUAUAAUUUUUUUAGUUACUAUCGCAAUAGUUCUGUUUAUAAUUACAAUUGCGAUACAAAAAAAAAACCCUGUUUCUUUGACAUAAACUCACUGGGAAAAUGCUCGACAUCACCUUACGGAUACUCGGAGCCUUAUAAACCUUGUGUUUAUAUUAAAUUCAAUAGGAGAUUUGGAUGGACACCUAUUUAUUACAAUGCAACAUCGGAAUUACCGGAAUACAUGCCUUGGAAAUUAAAAAGUGUCAUUAAAUCGACCCAUCAGGCACAUAUUUGGAUUUCUUGCUCAGGCGUCACUAAUUUUGACAAUCAACACAUGGGUAAUAUUGAUUAUCUUCCACUUGCUGGAUUACCUGUCAAAUAUUUUCCCUUUACCGGUCAUCCAAAUUAUUUGUCGCCAACAGUAGCGUUGCUCUUUAAUAAUAUAACAGCUAACAGAUUGAUAACGAUAAAAUGUUAUCCGUGGGCUUACAAUAUAGAUCAGGAUAAUCCAUUGUACUUUCAAUUGCUGAUUGAAUAA